AGCGCCAGGGAGGCUGACCGUGCCGCUGGAUUCCACCAGGUGAACCAAAAGUGAUAAAACCUAUCCACUUAUUAUAAGGCGCAGAAUAUUAGAUAUUCCCCCUGAUAUUUAUGUUAAGUGUUUGGUCCAUUUUCCUCUGUAAGCCACACCCUUCUCCUAGGUCUCUUACUCCCCUAGCCGCACGUGCUGUAGGCCCCUAGCAGAAACUCUUGUGAAAAGCAGCAGGCUUAGUUUUUUUUAUUCUCUACCUAACACUUCUAGCAUUCUUAUUCAUUCCAUUUCAUUGCAGACCAAUUUAUUUGGUGUUUUGUUUUCACGGUGCUCUUUCCUAUCUUCACCUUUUUGCAUGCUGUUGUGAUUCUGUUUCUUGCAGUUCACCGAGAGACCCCAAGGAGAGCUAAGUAGUAGAGCGACAACCGAGCAGCCAGUGUCACCAGGUGACCCACGAGGCUAUCCCCUGUCAAGUCUCUAUUUUGGGCCGACCCUAAUUGGACCCGCCUCCCUGUCUAACUGUCUGCAUCAGUUAGCCAAAAUUCUUAUAGACGGCAUAGCCGUACGAUAGCUCGUUAACCAGAGAACGAACUUGCAUUGGCCUCUUUGUGUGUGUGUGUUGUGCUUCUCUUGUCCGCAGUGAGCCCGCAGUCCCUUGGGAUCAGCUAGCGACAUGGCUGGAGACGAUGACGACCUCCUUCCUGCCAAAGUACACCAGUGACCUGCAGCACUUGAGCCAGGGACAACUGGAUACUGAGAUGGACCAGCUGAUGGCGAACGAUCCGACGCAGAGUUACACCCACAAAGAACUUGCCAGGAUCACAGGGACCCUAGCUCACCUCCUCAUCGCCCAGGCAAGGAUCAGCGAAAGGAGCAACCACGACUUGGAGCAGGAAGCCGCGGCUCUGAGACUUCGAGUGGAGGAAGCCCUACAGCAUCAGGCCCACACCCAGAGUCGUCUAGAUAAGCUACUUCUCGAGACCCAAGACCAGCACGAGAAAGAGAACGCUACAGAUCCAGAACUACAGAAAGAAGUGGAAAGACUUCAAAAUGCCCUGGAGAAUCUUCGUUUGGACACAGACCAAAGAGAACAUUUGGAGAGAGAAACCCGAGAGAGACUCGAGGCAAAGCUCCGACAAGGUGACGCUCUCCUUGAAAGGGCUGAAAUCGAACUGAAAGAAAGAGAUGCUAAAGUGAAGGCCUAUGAAAAUCACCUGGAAAUGGCCCGAGCUGAAAUCCACGACCUUACACAGCGUAAAGACUCUCUAAUAGAUGAACUUGACAUGGUUCACAGAGAACUGAAACAUUCACACAGAGCCUGCAACGUGAACAGAAAGAGGAAACACACUCCACAGAGUUUCCCCUGGCCAGUGAACCCCAGCGUGUCAGCCAAGAACUUCGAGCUGGAAAAGGGGGUGAAAGCCUGCUUUUCAAAACGUCACCAGCCAGCCUCCACGAACCCCUGUCAGCAGUGGGGGAAGGAAAACUCUUCCAGAAAGUCUGGGUCACCAGCCACGGACACAUAA